GGCGCCCUUGAAGGCAUCGCAGGCACGAGAAUGGCGACCGGCCGAGAAAGGAGGAGAAGGGAGGAGGGAGAAGGGGCAGAAAUAAAAGCUCAUGUGUGAACGCGGCCGAACAAGAGACACAAAAGAGGCGAAGAGGACGGGAAAAGGAAGAAAAAAAAAGAAAAGAAAAGACGAGCUUCGAACAAGUUGUGUAUGACAUUUUUCACCUUGGCUGACCUUGAGGAGCAGCGGGCCCCAUUGGAGCGACCUCGUCGCCGCGGUUCACCCUCUUUCCCCGUUCUCCCCCUCCGCACCCUCCGGCCUCCGUGAAUGACUCAGCCGAGCAUGCCUGUGGUGUCUGCAAACACGGAUUUACAUGAAACCCUAGCCUUGCUCACCUCUCAGCUCCACCCUGGCGCCAACCACAAGGAGGACCUGGUCUUCCUCAAAGACGUCUUCAGUGAGAAGAGCCUCGGCUACCUCAUGAAGAUCCACGAGAAACUGAAGCAGUACGAGAAGCGCACCCCGACUCCAGUCCUGCACAGCGCCUCCUGUCUGGCGGAGGAUCUGACAGAGGAUCUUCAGGACGGGCUGCUGGAGGAGGAUGGGAAAGAGCUGCUGCUUCUGCUCAGCACUCCUCACCUCAAGGCUGUGCUGUCGGCACACGACACGGUGGCCCAGAAGAACUUCGACCCGGUGCUGCCGCCCCUGGACGUGUACGUGGAUGACGAGCUGGAGGAAGAGUCGGUAAAGAUCGUCCGCCUGGUGAAGAACAAGGAGCCUCUGGGCGCGACCAUCCGGCGAGACGAGGCCACCGGCGCCGUCAUCGUGGCGCGGAUCAUGAGGGGAGGAGCGGCCGACCGCAGCGGUCUGGUGCACGUGGGCGAUGAGCUGCGCGAAGUCAACGGCAACCUGAUAACCCACAAAAGGCCGGAUGAAAUAAGUCGCAUUCUGUCACAGUCACAGGGCUCCAUUACAUUGAAAAUCAUCCCGGCCAUCAUGGAAGAAGACACGAUGAAGGAAAGCAGGGUCUACCUGCGGGCUUUGUUCGACUACGUGCCCUUGGAGGACAGAGCCACGCCCUGUCAGGAGGCGGGGCUUCCUUUUAAAAGGGGGGACGUCCUUCAGGUGGUGAGCCAGGAGGAUUCCACUUGGUGGCAGGCCAAGAAAGUGGGCGACUGCAAUCUGCGCGCCGCCCUCAUCCCCUCCACUCACUUCCAAGAGAGGCGCUUGAGAUACCGCCUGAAGACCGGUUCCUUCCCGGUCUCAAUGUGCCCGCAUGUGACCACACACGAGCGGGCUGACCGAGGUAUGAAAAACACACACAAUCACAAGAAACCAUUUUGUUCCACUUGUACAAUAUCCUGUCACGUGUCCUCUUCACUGUGUUUAACCUGCUGUGUUGUGCCGAGUCCAAGUGGCUUUACCCUACCUUCCUCUCACCCUGUCUGCUCCGCCUCCUCCUCCUUCCGCUCGCUCCGCCCCGCAGACGACACCGACGUUGAGGCAAAAGACGUAGUUUCUCCCACAUCGAAGGCAGCAGCUGCCUUCUGUGGCCAUGUUUUCUCGUGGGAUUUUAACUCAGCUGGCCUGCGCCGAAGUUUACGUCUGAAGAGGGAGCGGGAGGGGUCGCCGGCGGAGCCUCGUACCCCGGAUGCCAAUCACGGCGAUUUCCUGAUCUACGAAGAAGUCGCGCUUUACCUGCCUCGGCCCGGCGAGAGGCCUCGCCUCAUCGUGCUGCUCGGAUCCCUGGGAAGUCGCGUCGCCGAGCUCAAACAGAAGGUGAUCGCAGGCAACCCCAGACUUUACGGCUUGGCUGUACCUCAUACCACCCGACCCCGGAGGAGUCACGAGCGAGAGGGAGUGGAGUAUCACUUCAUCACCAAAGCUGCUUUCGAGGCCGACAUCCACAAUGGCAAGUUUAUUGAAUACGGAGAGUACAAAGAUAAUUUGUACGGCACCAGUUUGGAGUCCAUUCACAGAGUUCUGCUUCAAAAUAAAAUCUGCCUUGUGGACGUGCAGCCUGAGGCAUUGAAAGUUCUCCGCACGCCCGCGUUCAAGCCCUUCGUCGUCUUUGUGAGACCUUCCGUCUUCGACAGCGAGAGGAAGUCUCUGAGCUCCUGUUCCUCGCUCGUCAGCGUCGCCAUCACGGAGCACGACAUCCAGGACAUGAGGCAGUCAGCAGAGCGGAUGGAGCAGAGCUACGGCCACUGGCUGGAUUACGUGCUGGUGAAGGAGGAGCCGCUCGGUGCCGUCGCUGAGCUCCAGGCCGUGCUGGAGCGGGUGCGACAGGAGCCCCAGUGGGUGCCCCUAUCCUGGGUUUUAGGACCUAGAUCUUCUUGAGACCUGUACCAGCUGCCAACACCACUGUGUCAACAACUCAGCCUUGUGCUCCAUUUUUUUGUCUCCUUGCCAAACUGUCCAUCCACAAUUACUGUUCAGUGUGCAUUGACUGAGAUUGUCGUGGAGAUAUAAACUGCAACAUGACUAGUUAGUUUUGUGUGUUGCAAAGGAAAGGCAUAGGGUUGCAAAGGAAUUAUUUCCUGUACAUUUCCAUGGAAAUGUAAGAUAGGCAAUUUUUGAAAUUGUCCAAAUUGGAAAAUUUUCAUUGGAAUUAAGUGGAAAUUGAGGGUAAAUAUAAAAUUUGUUUUGGUCAAACAGACAUCCAUGCAAAAUAGCUUGCUCUCCUUGCCCGCAUGAAAAGACUUUUUUUUUUAAUUUUUUUUAAUUUAAAAUUCACUUGAGCAGUGGCGUAUCUGAAGCUCACUCGUAAUGAGGUUUGGACUACAAAGCAAACAAAAAAGGAUCUAGCCAAAGUUUCCUAUUAAGAAUUCCUGUUUUGUUUCCAACUUUGAAAUUUGCAGGACUUUUGCAACCCUAGUGAUUCGUCAUUGGACAAUGUUGACUGCAAGUGCCAAAUCAAUCAUGCUAGGCAGGAUUGUUAAAUAUACGCACAGCACCCAUUCACAGCCGCAGCUACUUGUCUAACGUUAAAUGUUUUUUGUUUGCUGUUGACAACAAUGAAAACUUUUAAACAAAACUCA